AUGAGGUUGUUGGAUGAUCUACAAGAAGGACAGGCUUAUGGCAUUGGAGACAUUGACCCAGACGUGAUUCCUUUAGACAUCCGUCAUAAUUCGGUUAUCUGGAGUGCCACGGUGCCACUUAUUUCUUUUGAAUGCAUCGAGUGGCAUGCAUCUAAUAGAGUCAGGAGGCAAUUUGGCCUGAGACAGGGUGUUCCUAAUCAAGAGCGGGAUUUAGGUGCAUCACACGAAUUUGGUGACCACUUGCAAUUGUUGAACCUUGUAUUCCAAGAGAAUCUAGAAGUUCCUCCACCACCACGGGCACCCGAACCGGCACGGGGACCGGCACCGGCACCGACACCUCCACCACCACCGCCACCGAAACCGCCACAACAGAGGGGGAGCAAGCUUCGUUCAGUCAGCUGCUUGGUUUCAUGGCACCGGGGCCGCACCACUCACAUUCAGGUUCGCACUUCCUCUAAUAAUUUUGGUGCCAAAAUGUCUGUUGACUCAAGCAGAAGUGCUGAAGGGGCGGGAGGGAUUAUACACAGUGGAAAUACUAGACGUAUUCCGAUGAGUCUAAUUCAAGAGAGUAAUAGGGUAGUUGAUGAUGAGAUUGAUAACUACCUAGUAGACCAUCCAGAGGGUGAGGAUGAGGGUGAGGAUGAGGAUGACGAUGAAGAUGAGGGUGAGGAUGAGGAUGAGGAUGAUGACGAUGCUGUUGAUGAGGAUCCGGCACCUAGUGCAAGUAAAACAAACUGUUGGUAA